GCCUUGCGACGUCGCCGUUUUCGCUCCACUCAAAGCCGCUUACCGCGACAAUGUCGAGUGCCUCGAACGAGGCGGCGUAAAUGCGAUCGGAAAGCAGCAUUUUACGUAUCUGUAUGGACCCGCUCGUGAAAGGGCAUUCACGAAGCGUAACAUCUCCGCUGGAUGGAGCAAAACAGGACUGUUCCCGUUCAAUCCCGAUAGGGUUCUGAGAGAUCUGCCUCAGCCUGUCUAUGAAGCCGACCACCCGACUAUAGUACCAAUCGUAGAGUCGUCCUUACCUCCCAUACCCGUGACACCCGCGACGCCGGUCUCUGCGGAAUCUGUCAUCGCUUUGCAGAAUCUGAUCGUCGGCGAAGACGCUCAAAGUCUCAGUGCUACGAGCAAACAGAACCUCGAACGACACGUCGCAAAGUUAGCUCGAGCGACACAGAAGUCCUUAGCACACAGCUCGAUGCAGCGUCAUCGGAUCGAUCUGCUGCUGAAGACAAACAAUGAAGCUAAGCCCCGACGGGCAGGCAGGUCAAUCGUCCUCGGGAAGGCUCGAGUUAUGAGCUAUGAUGAUCUGGUGGAGGCACGCAAGAAGCGAGCUGAAAAGGAUUCACUGAAAGAGCACAAAAGGGGGGACAGACGUAGCAAGCGACGGAACGGCGACACGGUGAGUACGACAACAGUCGCGCCAACAAUCAAUCCGUCACCACGCGAUGACCGAGCUGUGACGGAAUCGGGCUGGGGCGGAGAACUCGAGGAUUCAGCAUGGUGUGCCCCGAUCGCUCAUAUGUAUUAAUGAAGC